GCCAGAAAGCUCUCUUUCUUCUUCUUUUUUGCCUUUUGUUGUGAGGCGAUAUUAUACAUAUAUGUUAUAGCUAGCCUGCAUCUACAUACACGCCACCAAUGCGCUUGCGGGUUGUGGGCUGUGGCAUUUGUCCGUCGUCAAGAUGAUCUUGGGUCCAGUUUCUUACCUGGAUUGCCUGGUAUUCUGUGCAUUUCUGGCACCGCAGUUGAUAAUACAUGUCGGGAUAAUUGAUACCGUCCUUGUGGUUCUACAAUGUCUUCCCUUUCUGUUAAUUAAACUGCCGUUUACUUUCCUCCGCGAGCGUUACCUUGUCAGAUAUGAAAAGCAGUCUCCGUUCAUACAAAAAGCCUCACCAUUCGAAGACUUUGUCAUUCGCUGCGUUCGGUAUGCCUUCGCAAACAUACCACCUAGGGUCGGAAGGGUGUUCUUUUCGAGGCCAGUAGCAUUGCCGUUUCUACGGUUCCGAAUGCUGCGUCAUGGUUAUCUGAGAUCACCCGUGCACUGGCACGAGUACAAUGAUAAGCGUUUCAAAGGAAUUUGGAUGAUCAAGGAUCCAUUGGCUAAGCCCGACAUUUGCAUAUUCUAUGCUCAUGGAGGGGGCUUUUCAAUGGGCUCAGCAUACUUCUACCUCGAGUUCUUGCUUACGUGGCUGAGUCUUCUGAGCGACAGCGGCUACCAGAAUCCGGCAGUGUUUGCCUUGGAUUAUACAUUGGUUCCCGACGGCUGCUUUCCAACACAACUUGAGGAAGCAAUUGCUGGCUACGAACAUGUGCUCACGGCAGUAAGGGAUCCCAGCCGGAUUUGCGUCAGUGGAGAUUCAGCAGGGGCCACGAUAGUCCUCAGUUUGCUGCUCCAUCUUGCUAACAUGAGUCGCCAUUUGGAAAAAAUGGACAGCACCGGAGCCAGGCGUUUAGCAAAGCCCGGAAUGGUGGUGUUGAUCUCCCCUUGGGUAACCUUGGUUUCCGACAAGCAUCAGAAUACUACGAGCGACUAUUUGGACGCCGGCAACCUGCAUCAGUACGCCCAUCAGUACGCUGGCGGGUGUGUUUCCGUCCAUGAUCCAUUGCUGUCGCCGGGCAAAUGCAGGGACGUUUCAUGGUGGAAGAACGCAACGCCUUCAAAAGGUAUAUUUGUAGCUUAUGGCGCCGAAGAGGUGUUUGCACCCGAAGUUAAAAGCCUGGUCAAAUUCUUCGAGGACAAUGACAUCAAAGUUCAUAGUAGGGAAGAGAAAGGAGGAAUACAUGCUUGGCCAGUGGCAUGCCUAUUUCUCAGCAGCUCUCUAGCCGAUAGGCAAAAAGGAUUAAAGUCCCUAGUAGAGGAGAUUAGAGAUAAUGUUCGUUAGAUCAUAACUGAUGUUUGUAUAGUAUAGCUCAUGGCAGAAAGCAAAUAGCCACUCGAUGUGUCAUGUCAGA